AUGGCAGGUGAUCCAUUUUUAUCAGAUCCUUCAAGGAAGAGAAAGCGUCUGUCAAAGGCUGCGAGCGCAUUCAAGAAGUCCAGAUCUAGCAGAUCGGCAACACCAUCAAGAGAGACUCCAGAAUAUGAUGAAGAAAUAUCAGAAGCAAGUGAUAGUGAAGAAGAAGAGAUACAGAAUGGACAAGAUGAAGGACAUAACGAUGAAGAAUUGUCUUCCGAUGAAGAAUUCGAAGAUGAAAAUGCAGCAGAUAAGAGAAGAAGAUUGGCUAAACAAUAUUUGGAAAAUUUGAAAAGUACAGAAUUAAAUGAAGGUGAUGAAUUUGAUGCCCAAGAUCUUGAUGAUGAUAUAGUUGGAAGAAGGUUACAAAAGGAUGUGGCCGAAACUAAAGGUUAUGUAUUCAAAUUUAUUGGUGAUCAAAUUGCCCAACAAUUUGAUGAUGAUAUAGAAACUAUAACUACCAGAAUCGGAUCCAAGAAUUUGACUUCGAUGGCAUCUCAUUAUCCUUACUUAUAUACUGUAUCUAAGGAUGCAGAAUUAAUCAAAUGGAAUAUAGAGAAUAGAAAACCACAAAGAAUAAAACAUACAAAAGGUGGUUCUAAAUUCUUCAACUUGAAUACUUCAAACCCAGGUUCUAAUCAUCAUUGGGAUCAAAUAAAUUGUAUUGCAGCAUCUCCCGAUGGUAAAUAUAUCGUUACCGGUGGAUCAGACUCCAGAUUAAUCAUUUGGUCAAGCGAAAACCUUGCAUGUUUGAAAGUCUUGGAAACAAGAUCCGCCGUUAAUUCUAUUGCAUUUAGAAGAAAUUCUGAUCAAUUAUUUGCAGCUUGUGCUGAUUUAAGAAUCAGAACUUAUUCGAUUAAUCAAUUCACGCAAUUGGAAAUCCUUUAUGGACAUCAAGAUAAUAUUACUGACAUUUCGGCAUUGGGACGUGAAACUUGUGUUUCUGUAGGAUCUAGAGAUAAGACAGCCAUGUUUUGGAAGAUUGCCGAAGAAUCAAGAUUGACAUUCAGAGGUGGUGAUUCAGUUGAGAAAAAGAAGAAAAGGAAAAAGGUGGAAGAAAAUGGAGAAAUUGUUACUGAUGAAUCGGCAGCCCCAUUUCAUAAUGAAGGUUCGAUAGAAGUUGUUAGCAUGAAUGAUGAAUCACAUUUCGUUACUGGUUCUGAUAAUGGGAAUAUUGCAUUAUGGUCAUUGGCAAAGAAAAAGGCAUUAUUUACUGAAAGAUUGGCACAUGGAUUAACUCCUGAAUUUAAACCUUCUGAAAUCAGUGCUGAAACUUCUGAAUCUCUUGCAGAACAACAAGUCCCAGAACGUCAACCAUAUUGGAUUACUGCAAUUCAUGCAUCACCAUAUAGUGACAUUUUCUUUUCUGGUUCGUUUGAUGGGACUGUGAAGGUGUGGAAAUUGGAUCAAGAAGGAUUACGUUCUUUCAAGUUAAUCGGUGAAGUGUCUAAUUUCAAGGGAUGUGUUGUAAAGAUUGAUUCGGUUGAAAUACCAGACAAGAAACAACUUAAGGUCUUUGUAUUAUUAAGCAAAGAACAUAAGUUUGGAAGAUGGUUAAAUAAAAUACCUGGUAGUAGAAAUGCAUUGGUUAGUUUUACAUUCGAGAUAUAG